ACGAACGAAAGCUAGAUAGAGGCGUAUGCCGCGGGGACAGUCCCGCGGUCCGCUGAUCAAUAGACGUCUGAUGCAAGCCCUCACGAGUAGCCGUCGGCGUGAUGCUCAGGGUCUGAAGCGGUGUACAUGCUUGGCCGCGUAGCUAGCCACACACGAUGGUCCCUGCCUAUCACGACGGGGACAGUGGGGUCGCGAAAGGCAAGAGGUCGUGUGCGCACUUGCCGCUGCUGGGCAAACUGCCUCCCGCGAAGCCCACGUCGUAGUCAGCUGCAGCCCCUUCUGCUCGCCUCCAGGGCUGCGUUGUCGCUUCGUCCAGUGACUGCGCGACUGCACUCCUCUUCUUUGCACUGCGACUCGCCGCGAUGGAUGGCACGCGCACACGACGGCAGAUAGGCGUUUCUCCCCUCCACGCCGAGACGCAGAGGCAUGCAGCUCGCCCGCCCGCCCUCGGAAA